AUGAAGUUCACCGCUGCCGCCGCCCUCUCCGUCCUCGGCCUUACCGCUGCCAAUCCAGUUGAGCUCACUGAGAGGCAGAGCUGCCCCAAGGUCUACAUUUUCGGAGCCCGUGAGACUACUGUUGCUCAGAGCAAUGGUUUUGGAACAGCAGGUGGUCUCGUGAACCAGGUCCAGGCCGCCUACCCGGGGUCUGGCGCCGAAGCCAUCGUCUACCCAGCCUGCGGUGGACAGGCAUCUUGCGGUGGUGUUAGCUACGACAGCUCUCAGAGCCAGGGAACCGCUGCUGUUGUUAAGGCUGUCACAGCCUACAAUCAGAAGUGCCCCAGCACACAGAUCGUCCUUAUUGGAUACUCUCAGGGCGGUCAAAUCAUGGACAACGCCCUUUGCGGUGGUGCUGGAGCCACACUCACUGGCAACGCCCUAACGGCCGUCAAGGUCGCCAUCUUCAUGGGCGAUCCACAUAACCGCGCUGGUCUUCCCUAUAACGUUGGUACAUGCACAGCUCAAGGCUUCGCCGCCCGCCCUGCUGGAUUCCAGUGCUCUCCCGCCAGCACAAGCAUCAUCAAGUCGUACUGUGACGCUGCUGACCCAUACUGCUGUAACGGCAACGACGCCAACUCUCACCAGCAGUAUGUCAACAAGUACGGUUCUCAGGCUUUGGCUUUCAUCAAGAGCAAGCUUACCGCAUAA